GAGAAACAGGGCCGAUAAAACACCCGUAUCCGAUUUCUGAGCGAACGAAGUGGGCGUUGGAUGAAAUCGUUGGAUCAUAACGAUCGGACGGAACGUGUUGGCUUUCGGACGGCAAAGAAAACGUGUGCGGCAAAUCGGUCUGUUAACGCGGCGGUCGUCGAACGCGUUGAAAACGUUCCAUUUAGUACAUAGCGCGCGUUCGGAAUGAGAAAGAAAUCGCGUUGCCGAACGUGUCACGAAUUCGGGCGCGCGUUAUCGACGAAGAACACAAAACAAAACGGUCCGGUAGCGCGACGGAAAUCUUGGGUUUCGGGGUCGGCGCGAGCCGAACAAUGGUGUUUACUUCCAGAGUCCGAGCGCGUGCCGAACCGCGGAAAAUCGAGAUCGCAACACCGCCGCACGGUAAUCGUUUAUCAGAAGUUAAGCCGUGUGCAACCGCAGUCGAACCCCGCGACGAGAUGGACCCGCGAUCGUUCGCGUUCUUAGCCGUCGCCUUCCCGCUGUGGUCGGUCGCGUACGACCGGAAAUCGCCGAUAGCGUUGGUCGCGUACGACCGACAGUCCGUGGCGGUGUCCACCAUUCGAUCUCGCCGGUGCAUCAUCAGAAUUCCCAACUGUUCCGUCCAGCACGAUCCGCGGUCUUUGAUCGGCUACGCCGUGGAAACGGACAACGGCGAUGACGACCGCGAAGUUUGUUGUUUUAGUUCGGCGCAGCCUCCUUCGUCACCGCCUCCGCCGACCUCUAAACGGUUCACCACGGACAAUGAAUUGUUAUCUGCAAUCGAAAAUGAUCAACGAAAAAAUGAAGAACUGCAGCAGGUGGUUAAUCAGGAACAGUGGAUUCAAAUUCAGUGGAAUUUAUUCAAGUACAUACAAUAAACUAGGGAAUUAAUUGAUAUUAUGUAUA